GCUCCGCCGGGGAGCCCCGCCGCGCCCCAUGGAGUGCUACUACAUCGUCAUCAGCUCGGCGCACCUCAGCAACGGGCACUUUCGCAACGUCAAGGGAGUUUUCCGCGGGCCGCUCAGCAAGGACGGCACCAAAACUCUGGAUUACGCAGAAAAGGAGAAUACGAUAGCCAAAGCUCUGGAAGAUCUUAAAGCUAACUUCUAUUGUGAAUUGUGUAACAAACAGUACUACAAGCAUCAAGAGUUUGACAAUCACAUUAACUCCUAUGACCAUGCUCACAAACAGAGACUCAAGGAGCUAAAACAGAGGGAGUUUGCACGAAAUGUAGCCUCCAAAUCGAGAAAAGAUGAAAGGAAACAGGAAAAGGCUCUUCAACGAUUGCACAAGCUGGCUGAACUCCGAAAAGAAGCUGCAUGUGCACCAGGGAGCGGCCCUAUGUUCAGAUCCACUACAGUGACAGUCCGAGACCAUUGUAAUGAAAUCCUGGUUAAUUCAUCUAAAAAAGAGCAGGAAUUUGACUUCAGAUUACUGCACAACUCAAAAGCUCCUGGAGAUUUUACAUCUGUCGCUGCUUUCACACCUGAAGCUGCAAAAAACAGGAAACAAGAUGAUCAGAUGCUGGGACUCCAUGGACAGAAGGUGGGGUUCUCUUUUGCUUUUCCCAAGAAAGCAUCCAUUAAGCUCGAAUCCUCGGCAGCUGCAUUUUAUGAAUACAAUGAUGAAACAUCAGUGGAACAUGGGCUGAGCAGAAGAAGUCGGUUUGAUCCUGGGCCUUUAGCUCCCUCGACUGAAGAAAUAGUUCUGGGUCCUGAAGAAACACCCACCUCUGUGGCUCCACUGAUAGAAAAACAUCAUGACAAAGCAGAACUUACCCCAGCACAGGACUCCAAGGAGCCACCUCUUGAGGAGAACGCGAAGCAAGAGGCGACUGAAUUCAGUUCCCCUAUUUCUCAUUCAAAAGAACCUGAGCAUAACAAUUUUGAGAGCUUGUGCGUUAAGGUGGAUUCAAUAACGUUGCCUGAUGAAACGUCCAGAGAUGCCCUGAGGAACCAAGCCUUCCUUGAAGAAAGCAGUAGCGAAGAGCCCGCAGGAAACAAAGGCCCAGGUCUGCCCGUCAAUGAAGGUUGUUUUUCACAGCAGGAAAUGCAAGAAGAGAAUGAUGAGAACAUUAGUAGUGAUUUAACCACUGCAGAAGGUGGAAUUGAAAAAUCCUUGUCUGAUGGACCGAUUCCAGCAGAUUCUGAAGGGGAAACAACAACUUCACCUUGUAAACAAGAUUCACACAAAAGACCUUGUGAGCCAUUUGUUCCUGUCCUUAACAAACAUGGAUCAACCAUUCUUCAGUGGCCAUCUGAAAUGUUAAGUUACACAAACACAGAGCCGUCUAUCUCAUACAGCUGUAAUCCUUUGUGUUUUGACUUCAGGUCAUCAAGAGCAAGUGAGAGCCUGGAGAGAAAUAAACCUCAGACAAAUACACUUAAUUCGCCUCAUAAGACUGAUUCCAACCAGAGCUUGGUUUUUGAUUCUACUCAUCAUAACUCUCAUUUGAUAUACACUGAUUGUGUAACUGACAUUAAUACACAUCCAUGGAACCAUGCUACAUCAGUUUCGAUAGAUGUUUCCUCAGCUGAAGGUUGGAGUCUUGAAAAAAGGCGGGAUGAAUUGGUCUUGGAUGCUUCUUGUGCAACAGAAGAGAAAGAAAAAGACCACAAUUUCCUGGAAGAGCUACAAGAAGGCUCACCUACUGAUGAACAACAAAGCAAAAACUGGAUCAAAAGAACACAUGAAAAGUGGUUUUAUAAAUCUCGGAAGAGGAAAAGGCGGAGAAAGCUAUGCCAUCACCAUCACUGGGACACUGCCAAGGUGGGCACUGGCAUUUCUUCAGUACAUGAAAAACAAAAUUGGGCUGAUGCUAAUAAGCAGCAGAACCUUCCUAAUCCUAUGGAUCAAGGUAUGGGUGAAACUGGACUGGAGGAUUCAGUUGCAGAACUCAUAGAGCAAUCGCAUGAAUCUCCUGGGACUGAGAAUAGUGAGGAUGGUGAAACCAUAUCUAUGUCUACACAGGACCAUGGAAACCAAAGUCUGUACCCAGCUUGGAAUGCAAAACACAACAGGGAGAUUUGCAUUCACUCAAAAAGCACGUGCAGAAGCAGCAAGCCAAUUUCUCACAACAGACAAUCAAAUAAAUCAGGACUGGAUCCUGGAAGACACAACUCAGUGUAUUCUAGAGCAUUUUGCAGCUGGAGUAUCAAAAGAUCCAGCAGUAGCCCAUGUCACAAACAUUUAGGCCAUUAUCCUGAAGAGAAAUGCACAAAUCAAACACAGCCCAUAAAGCGGGCCUAUAAUUCUCUCACAGAUGAGUUGGAUUUUUUUCACCAAAAACGAAGACAUCAGACAUACUCUUGUUCGUCCGAUGAAAGUUCAAAUGCUCAGACCUGCUUCUCAGAAGAAACUGUGCGGCAAACACAUAAUUUAACAGCACCGUGUAAGCCUAAACGAAAACGAAGGAGAAAGAGAACAAGAACUUACCAUCUUGUUCAGAAAUCACCAAGAAAGAAUAUUAGUGUUGAUCCUCCAAAAGGCAUCUCUGUGUUCAACAACAUUCCGAAAACAUCACCUCAAGGUAGCACGGAGCAAGUAAAGUUUCCUCUCAUGACGGACUAUGCAAAUGGUACGGAAGAAACAAUACAGCCCACAGAAAGUCAGCCAGCACUACCACUGGAACAUUUCCUUCCGUUAAAAAACAUCGAAGGAUCAGAUUGUUCUGUUUCAAGGAGUGCUCCAUAUCCAGAUGAAUCCACAGAUUCUACUUCUCCUGUUGCUGAACAGAGUGUCCUGGCAACAACAAAGUCCAGCAAUGCGCUGGAAGAGCAAGAGAAACAUGGAAAUGUGAAUGUUCCUGGCAGUCAAGCUCCUAAACAAGUGCCCAAUAUUGAGAGAAAUUUGGACCAGUCUCUCCCUAAAUCGUACCUGUGCCAUUACGAAGUGGCAGAGGCUGUAUCACCAGAGAAACGUAACCCAUCAGCCCGUGAAUGGCUGCGGCCUACUCCAGGUAUAUUUAACACCCCACCUCCUUUGCCCUUUAAAGAAGCACAUACAAACAGCCAUGCUUUCUUAACUGCUGAGCAGCUCUUCACCCCGUUCGCCUUACCGGAACAUGCACGGCUCUUGCCCCCUGAAAACCAUGACAAAUUCAAAGACCUCCAAUGCGAGGCCUACCAGCAGCUCUUCCAGCAAAACUUUUUCGCAAAUAAGAUGAAGCUGAGCUUUCCUCCAGCUGCACUGCAGCCUCCAAAUGCUCCUCUGCAGCCCUUGCAGCCGCUAUGUUCUGCCUCCGUCACCACGAUCCAUCACACCGUUCUGCAACAGCAUGCGGCAGCGGCAGCAGCUGCCGCCGCUGCCAGUACCUUCAAGGUCCUUCAGCCUCACCAGCAGUUUCUUUCCCAAGUCCCCACUCUUUCACGAACACCUUUACCUCAUUUGCCCGUGGGGCCAAGACUUUGUCCUGCCGGCCCCAUGGCCAUCAUUGGUCCACCCCAGCUGCCGCUCAUUCCGGCUUCCAUUCUCCACCCUAAUCAUUUGGCUUUCCCCCCUUUACCCCACACGCUGUUUCCAUCGCUCCUGCCACCGCACCCAGCAGUCAUUCCUUUGCAGCCACUUUUCUGAGCGUCACAUCGACCAGUUAAAAUGGAAGGGCGUGUCUUUGGUGGAGGAUAUGUGUACAUGAUUGAUGCCCUUGGUUGGAUACUUUGACAAAUCAAUACGCUAAGAUUAAGGGGUUACAAGAGCCUCUUUAUUGAGGAAGUACUUGUUACUGAUCCAACAAUGCAAACAUUUAUAUAUAAAGUGCAAAUUCAAAUUAUAAUUAAAGGACUGAAUUGGUACUAAUACAGAUGAUAUAUAGAGAGAUAUAAAUAUAUAGAUAUAUAGAUAUGUACGUAUGUAUGUAUGUAUGAAGAUCAUGUCUUAAAAUAUAUAAACAUGUAUAUAAAAUAUAUUUAUAGUACUGUAAGUUAUGUUAUAAAGUAUGCUCCUGAGUUUUUUAUUCUACUUGUGUAUUUGCACCUAAGUCUUGUUUAGAUAAAGCUGAUGCACUACAUUUUGUAUGACUUUCUCUUAUCACCAUAAAUCUAGUGAGAAACUCUCUUGCAAU